UGCUCGCCCCCCCCCCCCGUCCCCAUCCGACCGCCGGAGCCCGAUCGCCCCGCCGCCGAGGUUCCUGCCUAAAGACCAGCUGGAUAUCGCAUUCUGCCUGCUGCUUCCUCUCGCCACCCCACCCCUCACAAUGCACUCCUUGGACGAGCCACUUGACCUGAAGCUGAGCAUCACCAAGCUCCGUGCGGCAAGAGAGAAGCGGGAGAGGACGCUGGGCGUGGUCCGGCACCGAGCUCUGCACCGGGAGCUGGGCUUGGACGACAGCCCCACACCUGGCUCCCCAGGCUCCCCGCCCUCAGGCUUCCUGCUGAGCCCUAAAUUCCCUGAGAAAGUGGACGGACGCUUUUCUACAGCCCCUCUGGUGGACCUCAGCUUGUCACCUCCAUCUGGACUGGACUCUCCCAAUGGCAGCAGUUCACUGUCUCCUGAGCGACAAGGCAGUGGGGACCUACCUCCACUGCCCACUGCCGUGGACUUCCAGCCGCUGCGCUAUUCAGAUGGUGUCCCCAGCUCCUUCCAAUUCUUCUUGCCCCUGGGCUCUGGGGGGGCCCUGCACCUGCCUGCUUCCUCCUUCCUCACAACCCCCAAGGACAAGUGCCUCUCACCAGAGCUGCCACUGGCCAAGCAGCUGGUGUGUCGCUGGGCCAAGUGUAACCAGCUCUUUGAGAUCCUGCAAGACCUGGUGGACCACGUCAAUGACCACCAUGUCAAGCCUGAGCAGGACGCGCGGUACUGCUGCCACUGGGAGGGCUGUGCCCGUCAUGGCCGUGGCUUCAACGCCAGGUACAAGAUGCUCAUCCAUAUUCGCACACACACCAACGAGAAGCCACACCGCUGCCCCACCUGCAACAAAAGCUUCUCCCGCCUGGAGAACCUGAAGAUCCACAACAGGUCCCACACAGGUGAGAAGCCCUACGUCUGCCCUUACGAGGGCUGCAACAAGCGGUAUUCCAACUCAAGUGACCGCUUCAAGCACACUCGCACCCACUACGUGGACAAACCCUACUACUGCAAGAUGCCUGGCUGCCACAAGCGCUACACGGACCCCAGCUCACUGCGCAAGCACAUCAAAGCCCACGGCCACUUCGUGUCACACGAGCAGCAGGAGCCGCUGCAGCUACGCCCACCCCCCAAGCCACUCACCACCCCUGACGGCAGCCCCUACGUCGGCGGGGCUCAGAUCAUCAUCCCCAACCCUGCCGCCCUCUUCGGAGGGCCUAGCCUCCCUGGCCUGCCCCUGCCCCUGGCUCCUGGCCCCCUUGACCUCAGCGCCCUGACUUGUGGCACUGGUGGGGGCACUGGUGGGAGCAUGGGCCCUGGGCUGCCAGGUCCUGUUCUCCCCCUCAAUCUGGCCAAGAACCCACUGUUGCCCUCACCCUUCGGGGCUGGUGGACUAGGCCUGCCCGUGGUCUCCCUCCUCGCUGGCUCCGCUGGCGGCAAGGCUGAGGGGGAGAAGGGGCGUGGGUCGCUGCCCACCAGGGCUCUGGGUCUGGAGGGCCACAAGACUCCUCUGGAAAGGACGGAGAGUGUCCGCUCCCGGCCAAGCCCCGAUGGACUCCCCCUGCUGCCGGGCACCGUGCUCGACCUGUCUACAGGUGUCCACUCGGCGGCCAGCAGCCCGGAGGCACUUACCCCUGGCUGGGUGGUCAUCCCACCAGGCUCUGUGCUGCUCAAACCAGCCGUGGUGAACUGAGCCCGAGUUGUCGGCCCACUAGCUGCGGCAGCCCAGCCAACCACCGGGGGGCCCAUCCUGACGAACGGAAACUCUUCUGCGAAUAGCAAUAAUGUCCUACUGCCUGGGGGCCUGGGUGUCUGUUCUGGGGGCAGUUCCAGUACCAGACUAGCUGGGCAGCAAGGUCGGUGCUAGGAGGGCUUUGCCGGCUCCCCAGGUCCCAGGUGAGGAUUUGGCUUGGACCUGCCGUCCAAGAAGAGCUGGACUCUUGGGUGCUAAGAUCUCCCUCCCCUGCACAUUCCCCGUGUCUUCCCCCCUGAUGUAUCUCUCUCCAUGGUAGACUGGGCAGGCUGCCAGCUGGAUGCCUCUAUGUGAUGAGCUGUGAAGAGCCCCACAGUGAUAAGGCCCCUGCUUCGUAGGUUCGUGGACUCCUUUCUCUCUAGCCCACCCCCCAGAGGGAGAGUAAGAUAGACGCAGGCCCUGGCUAAGCCACAGGAAGAAGCUGCAUUCUCCCCGCCUGUCCCUGUGACAAGGGGCCUCCCUGCUUGUGGGCUUGUGCAGCAGGGAGGCCCGCUCCGUCAGCUACCCCAUCCCGCUUCCCUGAGCCAGACAGCACUGCCAGACGGUCAGCAACACUCCAAAAAGGAGGGGCAGGGUAGCUGGCCACUCAUCUGCCUCUGUGCUCAGGGAGUGGCAAUCAGGUCCAAGCUCCAUCUUUCUCACCCUAACUUGGCUUGAUCUGGGCAGUGCCACCCUGUGGAGGAGGGCAUCAGUCUUGCAUCAGGAGGCAGCUACUGGUCCAGGAGCACCAAGUCAUGAGGGAGUCCAGCCAGGUCCCCUGGGGUCUAGUUUUGUUGUGGGGCCAGAGUGACCAGGCUCGGAACACCUGCAUGGUUCUCCAGGCUGGGCUUGGCUCUCCAGUGCAGGCCUCGCAGGGGCUAAGCCCCUCAUCUCUCAUCUGUAGAACAAGAGAGCUGCCAGAGUGGCCCUUUGCAGCCCUAUGGCUCCUCCAAGCAGCUCUGCUGACUACCCUUUCCCAGACUGCCCUUCUUUCCCAGAGGGGUCACUCUGACCCAUCCUGCCCUAUUGCUGGGCUUAGGACCCCAGCCCUUUGAGGGGCUGUGAGCAAGGUAGGAAGGAGCUGGUCUCCUUUCUUUGGGCCUACCUAGGACCCAAGCAUCUCCCCCCCCAGGUCCCAGGCCUCUCGUCCCUGGCUGAGGGAGGGUGGGGUGGGGUUGGGUUUGAGACUCAAGCCCAGGAGCAGAGGAACAGGGCACUGGAAAGUGACAGCUCAGCAUGUGAUGUGGUAUAGACCAGGCUUGAAAGGGCUGGUGUACUUGUCAGUCUGUUGCACAUUCCAGGAUAUCAGUAUUUUAACAGGUUCUAAGUGCCUUUCUAUUGUAGCUUAUGUUUUUCCUCCUCUUGGCUCCAUUGCUGUUAGCAUAGAGUUUAAAAACAAAGAGAUAAGCUAAUGACUAUAACAAUAUAUUCCUCCAUGUGAGAGGAAGUUUAUAAAGAAACAAUAAAAGUGAGUUGCAAAGGCA